UCCCCGCCUUCCCUUUCCCUCCCCCCUCGGCCUGUUGUCACGCACACCGACUGCACCGCGUUUAGUCUGGACCGGCGGCCUGGCUGGCUGCCCCCCUUACAGGUGGAUGAAUGAAGACCCCAUUCAAGAGCCCAGCGCCCCGCGGCCCCCCCGAGCAGACGGGGGACAUUCCGGCGUUUCUGCAAACAUGAUGAAGAAGAAGAAGAAGCAGAGGACCAGUGUUGGUCCCAGUAAGACUCUGGCUCAGCCCAGAAGGAACAUAGUGGGCUGCAGGAUCCAGCACAUCUGGAAGGAGGGCAGCAAGUCGUCCCAGUGGAAGGGGACCGUGCUGGACCAGGUCCCCGUCAAUCCGUCCCUCUACCUGAUCAAGUACGACGGCUUCGACUGCAUCUACGGCCUGGAGCUGUACAGCGACGAGCGGGUGGUGGGCCUGGAGGUGCUGCCCGACCGAGUGGCUCCGGCCCGCGUGAGCGACUCCAUGCUGGCGGAGACGAUGAUCGGCAAAGCGGUGGAGCACAUGUUCGAGACGGAGGACGGGCCGAAGGAGGAGUGGAGGGGGAUGGUGCUGGCCCGAGCCCCCAUCAUGACGGCCUGGUUCUACAUCACCUACGAGAAAGACCCGGUCCUCUACAUGUACCAGCUGCUGGACGACUACAAGGAGGGAGACCUGCGCAUCAUGCCCGACUCCAACGACAGUGUGGCGGCGGAGCGGGAGCCCGGCGAGGUGGUGGACUCCCUGGUGGGCAAACAGGUGGAGUACGCCAAGGAGGACGGAGGAAAGCGGUCGGGGAUGGUGAUCCACCAGGUGGAGGCCAAGCCCUCCGUCUACUUCAUCAAGUUCGACGACGACUUCCACAUCUACGUCUACGACCUGGUCAAGACCUCCUAAGACCAGAAUGCCCGGUCCAGGACCCUACCCCCAUGCCCCCUCCCCAAAAAGACUUACUGAGACCUGCGUAGACCCCAUUGAAGGAAAAACUGCAGCUCCACAAACUCUAGAGACGCUCGAGACGGAUGAUAUCAUUCUUUACUCUUUCCUUUAUGAAAACGCCUUUAACACGAAAAGUAUCCGUGGUUACGGAAGCCCCGCCCCCUCACCCAGACGGAGAGACUGCAACCAAGACUACAAGCAAGACGGGGAGACUACAACCAACCACGACUGGAAGACGUCUUCAAGUGUCUCCAGUCUUCUGUCAGCCAUCAUCAGGGUCCAGACUUCCUUAGACCCGUUGGGAAAGCUUCCUGGUUUGAGCGCCCCAAAGAAGACCAGCGACCCCCGUCUUAUUUGGAAUAACUGAAACCCGUUAGUUCAAUUGGACCCGAUCCCGAGGGGACCACCUGCCCCCCUUCUUUCCUGAAACCCUGUCCGUCUGCCGGGUUGAUGAAGGGGGCGGGUCUUCAGAGAGCUGAACCGUCUGUAGAGGUCACACGGGAGGGGACUGUCCAAUCACAGAGCAUUUCACUGGCCCCGCCUCCUCCCUGCAGGUCACCUGUAGACGAACAAAGAUGCUGAAAGUCUGAAAGACGCCGUGAAGGAAAACCCAGAGGACACGAGACUGUUUCUGUUUCUCUCGAUUCUUUGCGGUCUUCUUCCCCCCCCCGCUGCUGCUGGCUCCUACAUUACCCAGAAGGCCUUGCGGCAGCAGACGAGAUCGAUGUCGUUAUUGAUCGUUUGUUUGGGAUAUUCGUGACGUUCAUAACGGUCCGUAACCUUUACUGUUUAUAACUCACGACGAUGUUCAGUGCAUCCGAGUGUUUAUUCAUGUUCAGUAUUCGUCACUUCCUCCUUUGUGUCGGCUCACGACGACAUUUCAGUGUGUUAUGAACCCUUUAUUACACGUUUAUAAAUGUUUAUAAACUAUUAAUUAAGGUUUUAUCUCAAAUGUUGUCCUUUCGCGUCCUGAUGCAGUAUUGAUCCGUUCUAAUUGGUCCUGAGUUUCAAUAAAAAGCCCCGAAAUCAGCGUGACGGUGAACCUGUAGCAGUCGUCACGCCCCCCCCCCCCCUCCGUGUUUUUAUAAAAAGAUGUUUCCCUUCUUAUCUCCUGCUUUCAUAUCUGUACAGUUUGUUUUUGUUGAUAUGUUUAUACACAUGACUCUUUGUACAUUGUUCUUCUGCGUUUGGUUCAUGACCCGGUGAGAAGGAGAAGCCCGUCGGUUCGAUCCCUUUCUUUUAAUCGAGUCGGUUGUCUUCAAUCGACUCGCAGCAGCUCGGUGUGUGGAAGAAAAACUCCAUCUCCCACAAUCCUUUGCUCUUAGCUCCGCCCACAACAGUCGACGUUAGCAGCCGUGUUGCCUGAUCCGCGUCUCCUGUGCCCGAACCCCCGAAACCCAGCGGUUCCUUCUGGAUCUGAAGCGUCGCGGGUUCCGUAACAUUUGGUUCUGGAGUCGUUUGUUUAGAACCCUCCGGCUCUAGAACGUAGAACCCAACGCGCAUUCUACGAGGCUCGUCCAUCCGCCUCUCUGGAACCCGUUUUCUGGAACGCGUCUCGUCACUUUUUUAUUUUUUUAAUUUUAAUACAAAAACAUUUGAGGUUCUGCUUCAGGUUCUAGAUUCAUUUCACGUUCCUCACAUUCUAGAAUCCUCGUGUUCCCCGUGUUUUUAAAGAACAAAAGGAACAUGGAACCACACACGGGGCCGCUUGUUGUGGAACCACACACGUUCUUCUGGUUCUCCUUGGAACAACUCAUCCAAAAAACACGUUGUGUUCCGCGUCAGGUUCUAGAGAGACGGGACUUCAGUGUUCUAGAAUGCGUGUUUUUCCAUAAGAACCCGGCUUCUGGUUCUAGAACUCUUGUGAAAACCGAUGAGGGCCAGAAGAGAUUUAUUAACGUUUAAAAAAACAUAAAUGUUCUCUGACGAGAAGAAAACCGUGAGAAUAUAUUUACGGAUCGAACGGUCAGCGAGCCGCCGCUCGAUCCGCUGAAUACCCACAAUGCACCUCGGGGGUAGACGGACCAGUCUGGGUGGAUCUUCAGCCUGUGUGUGUGUGUGUUGUUUUUGCAUGCCUAUAGCUCGGUGUAACUCGGUGUGCGUUGCAUGUUGUCGUUCUUCGGUUGUUCGGCUGACUUCUGUCUGUUGUGGCUUUGAGCGCCUCUCGUUUGUUUGUUUGUUUGUUUGUUUGUUUGUUUUCCCUGGCCCAUGUUUCUUUUGGAGGCUGCUGCUGUUCGUGGGUGUUUGAGCAGAACGAGUGGAAACAGAACAUCUGCCAGCCGUUGCUGGCGGCGUGUCCCUUUAAGACGCCAUGUUGUUCAGCCGGCUCAAUAUUUACUGAAUAAACACGUUUCUGUCUUUUUCA